CGAGGGGGUUCAGAGCGACCGUGCGCAGAGCGGCAUAGGAAAGGCCAACGACGCAAGAGCAGAGAGACGGCAGAGGAGAGGAAGAGGCGAUGCCGCCGUUUGGGCCGCGGACGAGGCCAGGCACGAGCCCAAGGCCGAUCCCGGGCCAUGGCAUCGGGGCAGGCCCUGGCGACGCAGUGGAGGAUGACGACGGCGACUCGCACACGAGCGUGACGAGCCUCCGCUCCCGAUUUGAAUCGCUCUCUCGCGGUUCCUCAUCGGCACCCACUUCGUCGCAACACUCACCCUCGCUCUCGUCAUCCCUUUCCGCCGACAGUCUCUUCCCGAGGCAGGCGGGCAGAUCGCCACCGCCGCCCAUUCCAACGAGGCCCUCGUCGUCGGCGCUGGAGCCGCCUGCUCUGCCUCCCAAGCUCCCUGCUAGGAACGCCUCAUCAUCUUCGCUGUCGAUGCCUACCACGCCACACUUUAGUCUCUCUCCGAGCAGCGACCCCUUACGAGAGGCCUUAGCGAGCAGCUCAUCCUCGCCAUCUAUGUCACCACCCUACGGUAGCCCACUGCCUCCCCCUCCGUCAUUGACGCUCCCACCACCGCCGGUCCGUAAGGGUGGAGUCGCUUCCGCUUCGAGAUCACUGCCUAAGCACCCGACAUCGACGUUGGGCGUGCUCGGCGAUCGGUUGCUCCGGUCGACUGUCUCGCAAGGCAAGGCCCUGUCGCUGUCGGUGCCCCAUCAUCGGAAUCGAGGGAAAAGCGGCGGCGGCAGCAGCGGUGGUGGCAGUGGUGGUGGCUCCUCAACGCCAUAUGGCGAGAGCAGUUCGUCGGAUGAAGAACUGACCGAAGAGGAUUCGCCGAGGGUGUCUUCAUCUGCGCCAAGAUCGAUGGCCGAGGACUUGCCAGAUGCAUCAAAGGCGAAUCGGAGACCGCCAGCCUUUACACCCCCACUCCUAGCCCAGUGGAAGCCACACUCAUCGUACCACGCCGUCGUUGCCGUGUGUGGAUCCACCGUCGUUCUUGCGCAUGGCGAAAAGCUGCGCAUAUACCGGCUUGGCAGGGGAGAGGAGCAGGUGCGCACCUUGGAGCACAGCCAUGAGAUCAAGGUCUCAGCCAUGGCUUUCCGACCCGCCGGUGCCGGUGGGGACCGCAACGCAGCGCAGGAGGGCAGAUACCUGUGGUGUGGCACCAAGGAGGGCAGCCUCAUCGAGUUUGAUGUGGCCGAGUCUGCCAUCACGCAGACGAGAACGACGGCGCACUCUGCGGCCGUCUGUCUCCUCAGGAGGGUUGGCGAUCGCAUGAUCUCGGUCGACGAGGGAGGGAAGAUCUGCAUCUGGAUUGGGUCGCCCACCAUCCAGCUGGGCAAUCCGCCCGUGACACAGCGAAUUGCCAUGGACCGCCACUCGUGUCCUGUCGUGAUUGGCGAUCAGCUCUGGGUGGCUACGCUGUCGGAACCUGGCCAAGGUGGUGCCAAUACGCCGAGAGCACCACGGGUCAGAAUAUACCAGCCCUUCUAUGACGACCGGCCCUUCAAUGCCGUUUCAAGGCCCGUCGCGAUCCCGCAGGAGCUCGUGAGCUACAUCGGACCGGUGACGUGCGGCUCCGUGAUUCCUUCGAGGCCCGAUGUCGUCUAUCUGGGCCAUUCGACCGGUCAUGUAUCUUGCUGGAACAAGACAAAGUACAGCUGCUUUGCGAUUCAGCGCAUGCCUGCACCCGUCACAUCCCUCUGCGGUGUCGGCGACCAUCUCUGGUCGGGCGAUCGCGAGGGCAAGAUCUCAGUCUACGACACCGACUCCUCACCCUGGCGAGCGCUCAAGGUGUGGAACGCGCACGGGGACUCGAGCGUGGCGAGCAUCAGCAUCGAUCCCGUCGCCAUUGGUGCAAAGGGCUGCCUACAAGUCUCGAGUGUCGGAUUGGACGGCCGCAUUCACCUCUGGGAUGGGCUGCUGUCGCUGGACUGGAUCCAGGAGGGGCUCGAAGAGCGACAGGCUGAUUUCAGCGCAUACAGAGACCUCAAUGUGCUCCUCCUCACCUACAACAUCGAUGCCCGGACGCCAGACGAGUUUGACCAGGCCAGCGGAGGCAAUAAUGGCAUCGCAGCUCGUCUGACGAGAGCGAACCCGCGGCCAGACAUUGUAGCCUUUGGCUUUCAGGAGCUCAUUGAUCUCGAGAGCAAGAAGCUAGCGGCAAAGAGCUUCCUGCUGGGAGGCGGUAAGAAGGGAAAAGGCGUCGAGCUGGGCGAGCGUAUCAGCCACCAGUACCGGGCAUGGCAAGACAAGCUUGUGGGCAUCGUCGCAGACGUAUACGGAGCCGAUGAAUACAUCGUUCUGUUGUCGGACAAUUUGGUCGGCCUAUUCAGUCUUGUCCUCGUGCGCAAGUCGGAGGUUGCAAAUGUGCGAGACGGUGCCGUUGCGAGCCUCAAGACAGGCAUGGGCGGGCGCAUGGGCAACAAGGGUGCCGUCGUCUCGUCUCUCACUGUCGACGAUACAUCCUUCGCAUUUGUCAACUGCCACCUCGCCGCAGGCCAAAAGCACGUCAGACAACGGAACGCGGACCUCGUCGGCAUUCUUGAUGGCGUCUACUUUGAGAAGCGCACCGCCUCGACCCUCGCUUCGGCGAGAAACAUGAGCGACUCGUACGUCGGUGGUGGAGACGGCGCCAUGAUCCAUGAUCACCAGGUCUGCUUCCUUUCGGGGGACCUCAAUUACCGCAUUGAUGCGUCGAGAGAAGCCUGCCUUGGGUAUCUGGCCGCAGGCAAUCUCGAAGCGCUCCGGCAAAAAGACCAGCUCCUGCGAGAGAGGCGAGCAAACGUGGCCCACCGGCUGCGACACUUUGUCGAGGGCGAUAUUGACUUUAUCCCAACGUACAAGUUCAAGCCGGGGACGAAUGAGUGGGACCCGAGCGAGAAGCAGAGGGUGCCGGCGUGGUGCGAUCGCGUGCUAUGGUACUGUCGGACCAAGGGUGCGGUGAGACAGGCCAAGUACGAGAGGCUGGACGAGAGGGCGAGCGAUCAUCGGCCGGUAUCGGCCGCAUUCACGGUUCGAGUCAGAAAGACAGACGGCUCACGGCGAGCCGUUGUAAAGAGUGUAUUGGAGGAGCAGUGGGACGCCGAGAAAAGGAGAAGGCUCGACGUGGCUGCGGCUUACUAUCGAUCGUUUGCUUCAUCGUGAAUUCUUCUCCGAGGGCUCACCCCUCGUUCUUUUCGGAUUCUUGGAUACGCAGCAUUGAACGACGACGAUGUAUAGAUGAGAGAUAUGAAACAGAUAUAGAUGAUGAAUGCGAGUAGCUCGUGAGGAGAAUGU